UAAAGCGAACCAACCCUGCCGGCGCCUCUUGAAAUGGAAACGGUCACUUAUUCAGAUAGCUCCCCAGCUCUGGAAAAUGAGCAUCCUCAAGGAAGCUACUGGAAGAUGUGCUCCACCAGAACAAGGGAGUAAUAAAAAAGAUGAAAACAUGGGAUACAGGAUACAGGAGUGCCAAUACAGGAGAGACGUGAAAGGGGGCCCCUGGAUGGUGAUGAAGGAAGACCUCAACAGCGCACACCAGGCAAAGCAGCCCAGAUUUGAGCAGAGACCCCAGAAUCCAACAAGAGUGUGUAUACUUCCUUCAUGAAGUCUCAUCGCUGCUAUGACCUGAUUCCCACAAGCUCCAAAUUGGUCGUAUUUGAUACUUCCCUUCAGGUGAAGAAAGCUUUCUUUGCUUUAGUGACUAAUGGUGUACGAGCUGCCCCUUUGUGGGACAGUAAGAAGCAAAGUUUUGUGGGCAUGCUGACCAUUACCGAUUUCAUCAAUAUCCUUCACCGCUACUAUAAGUCAGCCUUGGUACAGAUAUAUGAGCUGGAAGAACACAAGAUAGAGACUUGGAGAGAGGUGUACCUACAGGACUCCUUUAAACCACUUGUCUGCAUUUCUCCUAAUGCCAGCUUGUUUGAUGCUGUCUCUUCAUUAAUUCGAAACAAGAUCCAUAGGCUGCCAGUUAUUGACCCAGAAUCAGGCAACACGUUGUACAUCCUCACCCAUAAGCGCAUCCUCAAGUUCCUCAAAUUGUUUAUCACUGAGUUCCCCAAGCCAGAAUUCAUGUCUAAGUCUCUGGAAGAGCUACAGAUCGGCACAUAUGCCAAUAUCGCUAUGGUCCGCACUACCACCCCUGUCUAUGUGGCUCUAGGCAUCUUUGUACAACACCGAGUGUCUGCCCUGCCAGUGGUGGAUGAGAAAGGUGAGAGAUUGGGCAGAAGAGGGAGAGCUCCAGGGAAGCCAGGAUGGCUCUGGGAAAAUCUGCUGCCCUCUCAGCUCAGCCCGGAGGGGCGUGUGGUGGACAUCUACUCCAAGUUUGAUGUUAUCAAUCUGGCAGCAGAAAAAACCUACAACAACUUAGAUGUGUCUGUGACCAAAGCCCUGCAACAUCGGUCACAUUACUUUGAGGGUGUCCUUAAGUGCUACCUGCAUGAGACUCUGGAGACCAUCAUCAACAGGCUGGUGGAAGCAGAGGUUCACCGGCUUGUAGUGGUGGAUGAGAAUGAUGUGGUCAAGGGAAUUGUAUCUCUGUCUGAUAUCCUGCAGGCCCUGGUGCUCACAGGUGGAGAAAAGCCCUGAGCCUGGGGAAGGGGUCAGACAGUAUCAGGGGAUAUGCCCUGAUGACUGCCUGCCCAAAGCUCUGGGAACCACAGAUGAAACCUUGAAAGAAUUGUGACUCUGUGUCCUGCUUUGGAGCCCUCUACCCUGCUCCCUGCAAGCUGGGAAAGUAUGGGGACAGGAAGGAGAAUGUAUUUUUAGCUGUCUUCAUCCUCACACAUACACUUGAGGAAAACAUGUAGCCUAGCCCACCCCAGCCCCUGCCCUCUUUGACAUAGCCCCCUUUCUGGGUAACCCUCAGGCAAAUUCUGAUCUCUAAGAGAUCCCCAGACCUCACCCAGCCUUUGUUUCUAUGUCUGCCUGACUCCACCCUAA